AAAAUGAAAGUGAAAUUAAAACAGAUACAUAUAUAUAUAUAUAACGGUACUGAUGUGGGUCUGAUUUUAGUAGCUUCAGCUGAGACAAAUCAGAUGUGCUCAAGGAUAGAGCUGAUAUAAAUAUAUUGAAGAGAAAAAAGAUGGGAAUAUCAGAAUCAAAACUAGUGCAAUGGCCACCAUCACCAUCACCAUCACCACCAGCACCAUCACCACCAAAUCCAGAACUGAAAGAACAAUGGAGGAAAUUUGACUGGGGACAGAAAGAAGACCUAAAAAAAAAGCUGGAAAAAUUUUGUCUGAGUCAUGAUAAAGUAAAGGACAUCAAGAUCUUGGUAGUUGGACCGAUUGGAGCAGGAAAGUCCAGCUUUAUUAACUCACUCGAUAGCGCCUUUCUGGGACGGAUCUCCUCUAGAGCACUAGUUAAUUCAUCUGCUUCUGAUCAUAGUUUCACUAAAAAUCUCAAAGGAUUCUCCAUCAGAAGUGGGAAAAAAACAUUGCCCUUCGUCUUCAAAGACAUCAUGGGCUUAGAACCUAAAGAAUUUGAAGGGUCGCAUACAGAAGAUAUCAUCAGUGCUGUGUUUGGCCACGUUACAGAUGGCUAUAAAUUCAACGAAGAGAAGCCACUCACUGAUGGGGAUCAGCAAUUCAACCAAAACCCCAACCUCUCCGACCAGUGUUUCUGCCUGGUUUACGUCCUACCUGCAGAUGUAUUCCAAUACACAGAUGAUCGUCUUAUUGACAAGCUGAAGAUCAUCCGCCAGAGAAUCAGUGAUAAGGGGAUUUCUCAAGUGGUUGUCAUGACUAAAAUGGACGAAGCAUGUCCACUGGUCCAGAAAGAUCUGAGGAAGAUGUACACUAGCAAGAAAAUCAAGGAGAAGAUGGAGUUGUGCAGUGCUAAAUUAGGUGUGCCAAUGACAAACAUAUUCCCUGUGAAGAACUACCACAAUGAGAUCGACACAGAUGACAACAUUGACGUUCUGUUACUAAAGGCUCUUGAACAGAUUGUUCAGCUUGCUGAUGAUCGAUUGCUGGGUAGUGAUAGCUAUUGAGAGUGAGAAAAAUAAACAGAUUUCUGCAUUUCCCAGUGUAGCUUUCAAAUAAACCUUCCUUUGCUCACCAUGAA